CCGAAAAGUCGCACAUUUCUGCGGACAGAUUUGGAGUGUUCAGACUCUUUUUGCUCUCUUUUUUGAGGUUGUGCGUGACUUUAAACCCUCUACCCAGAGGACUUGUGUUAGUUAGGAUUUUAUAUUAAACUUUAGAAUAAAGAAGCUGUGCGUCAUGCAGGCUUCUUGUUAAACUGUUCAUCCGCUCUUUUUUACGCAUCGGAUUGCUGAGAAAGCGAGAAGUUGGCAGUGAUGUUACUUGACGCGGGUCACCUGGGUCCAUUCGGCCGCCAUCACCCCGCUGCUGAGUCGAACGAUAGGGACGGUAAUUUUGCAGAAGCGGCGCAUGUGGGCGCCUUCAAGCUGAGCCACGGAGAGCUGUCUCCGGGUCAGGGUGCUGCCUUCGCCCCCCAGACUUCGGGAUAUGCCGCUCUGGGCGCCUCAUACGGAGGCUCCGCGUUCGGCUCUCCCCGAGACUUUUUAUUGCGGGGACGCGGCUUUGCAGACCCGGAGCGCGGUCUCUUCAGCCCGGCGACUGGAGCGCUUCAUCCCUCCCACGCGGACCCGCAAGGUCAUCUCCUCUUCCCGGGUUUCCACGAGCAGCACGGCUCAACCAACAACGCGCUGUUCGCACGACCGGACCAGUACCACCACCAUCACCAUCACCAGGUGUCCAACGCGCGGCCCGACCCGUACGGCCAGUACGGCUUGAACGUAGCUGCUGCGCAUCACCACCAUCACCCGGCGGCAUUUUUCCGCUACGUGCGCCAGCAGUGCGUCAAGCAGGAGCUCGUGUGCAAGUGGCUCGAACCGGACCGCGAGAAGCGCCGCUGCGGCAGGACCUUCGGCACCAUGCACGAGCUGGUGGCGCACGUCUCCGCGGAGCACGUCGGCGGACCCGAACAUUGCAACCACGUGUGCUUUUGGGAGGAAUGCCCUCGAGAGGGAAAGGCCUUCAAGGCCAAAUACAAACUCGUCAACCACAUUCGCGUGCACACCGGAGAGAAGCCGUUUGCGUGUCCGUUCCCGGGUUGCGGGAAAGUGUUUGCGCGUUCCGAGAACCUGAAAAUACACAAGAGAACGCAUACAGGAGAGAAGCCGUUCCAGUGCGAGUUUGAGGGCUGUGACAGGCGGUUCGCCAACAGCAGCGACAGGAAAAAGCACAUGCACGUGCACACAUCCGACAAGCCGUACUUGUGCAAACUGUGCGACAAGUCGUACACUCAUCCCAGUUCCCUGAGAAAACACAUGAAGGUUCAUGACGAGCAGGGUCAAGUGAACGAGUCGUCACCAACCGGAAGCUCUGGUUACGAGUCGUCAAGUCUGGUGUCACCGUGUUCAGAGACUCAGAGCACCAGCAUGUCUCCAGACUCCGCCGUGUUGAACAGCAGCAGUCACAGCAGCAUAGCGUCCAAUUUUAGUGAGUGGUACGUUUAGGAACCAUGAUCCCCAUCAUGAUCCCCAUCAUGGACCUCAUCAUGAUCCCCAUUUGUGUUCACAAAUCGGACAAGAAGUGCGUCAUGGAGAGCUUUGGGUCUCAGCAGGACUUGAUCCACAAUGCGGACAAUCCUCUAAAAUACAGUGCUAUUGUUUAUGAGUUGAUCACAUACAGUGAUCUGGACAGUUACAGGCUUUUACUCAUUCACUCUUCCUGUUUAUUAAAAAUGUUCACUGUAAAAUCUUCGACUCUGCCCAGAGUUAUGUGUGUAUAUAGAAUAUAAAUGAAGGUUUAUCUUGGAUUUGUUUUUGCUAAUCAGUAUUGCACUGUGAAGAAACGCUAUUAUCCACUGUGUAUUAUAAACAAUGAAGGAUGUAUUUCUCGUAUAAAGGAAUAAAUAUUUGUUUUCUCUA